CUGGUGACCGGCACCUAGCUCUUUCCAUCCGUCCUUCCGCCUCCGUCGGCGGCCUCGCGCCUCGCUUUGGAAUGGACGUCCCCACGGAGUUCGUGAGCUUCGCGGAGAAGUUGGCGGAUGUGGCGGGGGAGGUGAUCCUGAGGUAUUGGCGCAAGCCUGUUGAGGUGGAGUCCAAGUUGGAGCUCCACCGCCCGGUGGCCGAGAGCCCGGUGACAGAGGCGGACCGGGAGGCGGAGCAGCGGAUGCGCGAACUCAUCGAAGCACAGUACCCGAGCCAUGGUAUUAUCGGCGAGGAGUUUGGCAACGUGCGGGCGGAGGCGGAGUUUGUCUGGGUGCUGGACCCGAUCGAUGGCACCAAGUCCUUCAUCACAGGGAAGCCGCUCUUCGGCACCUUGAUCGCGCUGCUGCGGAAGGGCACGCCGGUGCUGGGGGUCAUCGACCAGUGUGUGCUGAAGGAGCGCUGGGUUGGUGCCAAUGGGCAGACAGUCUUCAAUCAGCGCCCGGUGCGCGCCAAAGGCGUGCGGCAGCUGUCAGAGGCCAUGAUGUAUGCCACCACGCCCCACAUGUUCAGCCCCGGCCUGGAGCAACAACGGUUCCUUGAGCUGCUGCUCCUGGUGAAGCGGCCCUUGUACGGCUGCGACUGCUAUGCCUAUGGCCUUGUGGCAGCCGGAUUUGGCGCGGACUUGGUGGUGGAAGCGGACCUUGGCAUCUACGACUACUGCGCCCUAGUGCCCGUGGUGACCUGUGCCGGCGGGUGCAUGACCGACUGGCAGGGAAAACCUUUGACACUACAGAGCCACGAGAUUUCACGGGGGCGAGUGGUGGCUGCUGGCAACCAGGAGCUGUGGAAGGCCGCGGUGGCGGUACUCAACAAGAAGGUGCACCUGGAGAUCUCCCCAUCGCUGCUGCUAGGAGUAGCUCUCGGCGCAACAGUCGCCUGCCUUCUGAGCGCGCGCAAGCGCUGACCCUUUUUUGGGCUUCGCGUGCGUGGUCUG